AUGGCGCCGGGAGAUACGGAAACGGGGCGUGCAGCGCGCUUUUCUCACAUAUUCGCGCGUCUCAUCGAGCUUCACAACUACGUCUGGGACCCCAAGAUCGAGCCAUUCCACUCAUCCUACGACAACUGGCACUUCUUUGGCUACGAAAAGACCUCCUCUGCCGAGCGCCCGUCCUCUCGAAGUGCCCUCACCUCGCCCACGCCCUUCUCAUCGCAUUCGCCCGACUCGAGUCGCCCGGGCCUGACACGGAGCCAUAGAAGCUCUGGAUCCGAUACAAGCGCCAUCACACACAAUCAUGGCGCAGAGAUACUUCAAGGGCGGCCUGUUGUGUGUCGUGUAUCGACCCAUACUCUGCGUCUGGAGCGCGAGUUCCAGUUGUCUAAGCUCGUGGUGAAGAAGUCGGAUCCUGAGUGCAGGCACUUUGUUCGCCCAAUCGAGUUUGUUAGGCUGCCAACAAAAGCUGGAGAGGAGCCGCUUGUGGCCAGCAUAUUUGAAGCGCCAGGCCCCAAUUUCCUCAAGGACCUCGUCACUUUCGGCCCAAAUUGGUACCGGUUUACCGGCGCAGAGAAUAACUGGCGAUCAUCUACCCCGCAGCCUGAUGCAGGAGUGCCACUUCUUACUUUCCUGGACUUUGCUAUUGGCGCAACCGAAUGUCUCGAGAUAUUGCACCAUGGCCAUGAGAUUGUGCACGGAGAGUUGCGUGGAGAUGCGUUUCACUUUGCUUCAGACGGAACAGUCAAGAUGAUCAAUUUUGGUAGUGGGGCAAGAUCCUUUGAGAACGGUCUUACGUCUGCUGGCUGGAACUCGCUGAGUCGCGAGGUCGGCAUUGAGCUGAAACUCGCCUUCGUCGCGCCCGAACAGACCGGCCGCAUGCCCGCUGAGCCGGAUAGUCGAACUGACAUCUAUAGUCUGGGCAUUCUUUUCUACGCCAUGCUUUGCGGGACCACUCCUUUCGAUGGCACUACAGCCCUCGACGUGAUGCAAAGCGACAGUGGUGGGCUGAAAUCUUUUGAAGUCGGCACGAAAGAUAUAUCAUGCUUCUUUAAUCUCCCUCUCAAGCUGAUAGCCCGCGAGAAGGAAAGACAGAUUAUCAUCAAUGUCAUCGAACGCGCCGCCAAACGUCGCCGGGGUGGCUUGAAGAACUUUAAUAGCUUGAGUUUGAGUUCAACUUCUUCCUACUCAGAUCAGCGACUGGAGAUACUGGACGAUGUCCUGUCUGACAGCAAUAGUUCAAGGGGUUCAGAAAGCCGAUUGAACAGCAUAUCGUCUGCGGCGCCGGUUUUCAUGGACUCUGCACGAUCCAUACACCAGCGAUCCCAAGACAGCGUGGCUACGGAGAAAUCUCUGUCUGAUGAAACACCAGUUCGGCCUCCACUUCAACAGUCUUCUAGAGGUCCGUCUAAUAAUAGCGUUGAGGGCAACAUGUCUCACUCUCGAUCUUACCAAACAGCGUCAGCCACAGAGAGUUCGCUGCUUCGCACCGUGUCUAACACGAGGAAAUUCCGGCACAAGGCUCGUUGCGAGGUUGUAGCUAUAUCUGGAGCCACUGGCCUUGGCAAGUCGCGCCUGGUGCAGAGCAUCCAAAGCACAGCCAGAAGAUCCGGAUAUUUUGCCACAGCAAAGUUCGAUACCAACAGGAGAGCGCCGUUUGAGCCGAUUCUCAGGCUCAUGUCGUCUUUGUUCCGGCAAAUUUUCAGUGAAGCGGAUGUUUCAACAGAUUUUCAUAACAGUCUCCGGGGCUUCCUGAAGAAUACAGGCGUAUGGACUGUGCUCCGCACAUACUUGGACCUUCCGGACUGGCUACUAAAUACAGGGGCAUCAAAGUCACAGAAAGUUGUAGAAACAAGUAGAGUUACCGAACGAGAUCGGCGGGCAUCAUCACCGGCGAUACAUUGCGGCAGCUCUGGACACACUGCGGAGGCCUGGCUUCGGAGUGGAGGUGCUUCCAAGUCGUCUAAAUUCAUGAACGUCUUCAUCGACGUGCUGCGAUUAUUGGCCGUACAGAAACUCUGCAUCUGGAACCUGGACGAUGUACACAACGCCGACCAAGAGAGCGCGGAACUCAUCCACCACAUCAUUCAAGCCAAGAUACCCUUGGUUUUCAUGCUCACCUUCACUGACGAGAAUGUUCUGCCUCGCGAGCUCCGAUCCCUACUGCCAAAUGCAACUCGGGUCCAGCUGAGUACAUUUACAGAAGCACAGACAGCCGAAUACGUUGCUGAGACUCUGCAUCGUGACAAAGACUAUAUCCUGCCUCUUGUAGCCGUGGUCCAAGAGAAGAGCCAUGGCAAUUUCUAUCGAAAGAAAUGUGUCUACUAUUCUUGGCGAGAGAACAACUGGAUGUUCGACCUUGACAAAGUGUUUGAGGUUUUCGAAAGCCCAGAGUACGGAUCUUCUGUAACCAACGACUUCAUUGCAAAGCGACUGCUUGAGCUACCUCCUUCGACCCGGAAACUGGUAGCUUGGGCUUCGCUUCUUGGGGGUUCAUUUUCUUUCGACAUGGUGAAGCAGCUUAUGAACCCCAAGUACGCACCUGCAGAUGCAAAGCGGAUCCCAUUGUUGGAGGGCAAAGAAUCCGCCAUAGAAGCCCUUAACCUUGCUCUUGCCGCCUACGUGCUUAUGCCUGGAGAGAACGACUCGAGGUUCCGCUUCAGUCAUGACCGGUAUUUGACUGCUGCUUCAUCCUCGUUAGAUCAAGAGUGGGAUGUACAAAUGAUGCAUUAUCUCAUAGCGAAGAUGGCAACAUCAGGAGUGGUAUAUCAUGACGAACUCAUACUGGGAUCAAAGGCGCUGUAUAUGCGAAGCCGCCACAUAUGCCUCGCAGCAGAUCUCAUCAAGUCUAGGGAGACGAAAAGAGCUCCGUUCCGAGAUGUUCUUUACCAAGCAGGCGAGGCGGCAUGCGAAUCCGGAGCCCGAUCUACUGGGAUCUACUACUUUGCGCACUGCCUUGUGUUGCUUCAGGACCACCCCUGGGACGACACGCAGCCCGAUGUGUCGUAUCAAGAGACUCUUCAACUUUUCGUCCGCUCAGCCGAGUGCUACUGGCACCAGUCGAUGCUUGAUGAAGCCUUGAGCUUGAUUCGAACAACUUUUAAGUUUGCGCGUAAUCCAGUUGACCUAGCGUCGUCUUUCAUCCUACAGUCUCGCGUGUUCGCAGUUCGAGGGGAUAGCUUUGGAGCUUUCCAAGCUCUUAAAGAUUGCCUAUCACUACUGGGAUGCCCAAUUGAGCGUACAACGUGGGAGGCAUGUGACGAUGAGUUUCAAAAGAUCUACGCCAAAAUGCAAGAGGUGGACAAGGAGGAGCUCUUAGCUCGUCGGUUGUCGGCAGACAACCGAAUACUCUUGACGAUGGGACCAAUCUUUGUGGAACUGCUCAGUGCUGCAUUCUGGUCCAACAGUCUCUUGUUCUACCAAGCCACGCUGAAGCUGAUCAACACUCAUCUUGAAGGUGGUUCUAUCUCUCAAGUGGCCCUGGCGUACGUCCACCUAGGCACAAUUGCCGCAGGACGUUUUCAAAUGAUGAACUUUGCUGUCGAUAUGGGCGCUAUGGCUAAACGCCUCUUUCAGAUGUACCCGGACGACAACUACACAGUUGGCCGGACGCAAACUCUUCUUCCGCUCUUCCUUGGCCAUCUCGAAACGCCCGUAAGAGAUCUAAUACCUGACCUGGAAGCUGCAUUAGAGGUCACCCUCUCCGCGGGCGAUAGGAUUCUGACCCUCCUCAACCUCGGCGUACAAGCCCAUUUCCGCGUCAUGGCGUCGCAGGACGUUACCGAAGUAGAGGCAUCGAUAGAAGAAACGCCGCUGGAUACGAAGAACUGGCAGCGCGAUAUGAGAGGCGGGACGUUCCUGAUGGGGUCGAGACAGUACUGUAGAGCGCUUCAAGGCAAGACCGGCGUCCAGAAAGCGUCUCUAAUCUUUACCGAUGAUGAGCACAGCUCGGCCGAAUACGUCAAGUAUCUCGAAGAAACGGCCAGCAACCCGAAACGGCCAAAGUCGAUAUAUCUCGCCAUGAAAAUGCCCGUACUCACUCUCUAUGGGUAUGUUGCUGAAGCAGUGGAGCUAGGCGAGCUCCUGCUUCCCAUGCUCAGUAGUCUCUGGUGCGAAAGACUCAACUACUCCGUCAGGUACCACUUGUCGCUCUGUUAUAUGGCAACUCUGCGGGACGAUCCAAAGAAUGCGCGCAAGGAAGAGAUGACCAAAUUUGUCCAGGAUACUAUCCAACUUUUGGAGGCUUGCUCGACGGUCACCGAUGUGAACUACCGCGGCUGGAUUCACUUGCUUCUUGCAGUACUAGCUGAAGUACAGCGGGAUCCUCCGUCAGCUUUGCAGAAUUACGAGGCUGCUAUGGAUCAUGGCGAGGAGAAUGAGUUUGUGCUGGAUCUGGCGUUUGCUCAUGAGCUGUACGGCGAAUGGCUCGUCCGCAAGAAGGCCUACAGGGCUGCUCGUCACUCAUUCAAAGAUUGCAUGAGUACCUACCGGAGGAUAUCAGCUCAUGGCAAAGCAAACCAUGUAGCCACGAAGUACGACUGGCUCCUAUGCGAUAAAAGCUCGGUCAUGACAGUCUCGAACGGGACGCAGACGACUGUGAUCGAUACAGGAAAUACCACGCUAAGGCUCGAACAAAAUGAGGACCAGGAACAGUAUCUGGCUGCCGAAACUGCCGUGGAUCGCACACAGAACUGGAUCGUGCCAGAGACCGGACGGCGGCACGAGUCUUCGCAAGACUUGCACAAUGGGUUCACCGCCGUGGGACUUGAUAUGCUGGACCUUAGCAGUAUCCUUGAGUCGUCUCAAGUGCUUUCAAAGGAACUGAAGGUCGAUAAAUUGAUGGCUAAAAUGGCGGCCAUUAUUUUGGAGUCUACUGGCGGCAGCCUAUGUGGGAUUGUUAUCGAAGACUCCCAAAUUGAAUGGAGCAUUGCAUGUAUCGCGACGAACGAGCCCAACAGCGAAACUGGAUUUGCCCCAGGCGUCCGUUCCUACCCAACCGGCCAGCCUCUCGACACCGUAGAUGACGUUGUCGCCCGCCAGGUUACCCUAUACACUUUACGAUUCCGAGAAACCGUCUUCGUACAAAAUCUGCUGGAGGAUGACCGCUUCUCCAACGUCUCAGGAUCAUACCUGGCACGAAAUCCCGAAGGUAAAGCCGUUAUUUGCAUACCAAUUGUACACUCAGAUCACCUGUUGGGUAGUAUAUAUGUGGAGGGCCCACCGAACUCCUUUACCGAGCGCAAUACGCAGGUUCUACGACUGCUGGUUAACCAGAUCUCAAUCUCGUUGGCAAACGCCCUGCUAUUCAAGGAGAUCGAACGAGUCAGCGCAAGUAAUGAGGCAAUGCUGGAGAUGCAGAAACGCGCACUUGCCCAAGCACGAGCGGCUGAAAUCAAAGCCAAGGAGGCCGAGGCAAUAGCUAUAAGGAACAUGAAGUUGAAGGAGGAGGCCGCGAAAGCAAAGAGUCUCUUUUUGGCUAAUGUGUCGCACGAGCUUCGCACGCCUCUAAACGGUGUUAUCGGCAUGUCGGAGCUGCUCAAGGCCAGCAUUCUCAACUCGGAGCAGACUGGCUACGCUGACUCGAUCCGAGUAUGCGCCGAUACGCUCUUAUCCAUCAUCAACGACCUCCUGGACUACUCGAAGCUGGAGGCUGGUAAAAUGUCCGUGAUGGAAAUGCCACUAUCGCUGACGGAAACCAUUACCGAAGUUGUCCGCGCUCUCGCGUAUACUAACGCCGAACGAGGGCUCAAGACCGUUGAACAGCUAGAACUCAACCCUGAGAUGAUGGUCAUGGGCGAUCCUGUCAGGCUUCAUCAGAUUUUGAUGAACCUGCUCUCAAACUCCUACAAGUUCACGCCGAAGGGCUCCGUUACCGUGCGCGCGGUCAUCGACCAAGAAACCGACGAAUACGCAGACGUGACAAUCAGCGUCAUCGACACCGGCAUCGGCAUACCCGCGGAGCAGAAAAAGAAGCUCUUUCUUCCCUUCUCGCAAAUCGAAUCCUCUUCGUCCCGCAGCUACGGCGGCACAGGCCUCGGCCUGAGCAUCUGCAAAGCACUGAUCGAGAAUGUCAUGCACGGCAAAGUGUGGCUUGAUUCACGGGACUCUGGACCUGAUCGUGGUACAACGGUGUCAUUUUCGCUGCGCUUCCGCAAGGUUGCGAAGACUUCUGUGCUGGAUAGGCGGAAUACACGCGAAACGGAUCUCAUGGCCAAGUUCUCCAGUCAGGAUAAUAAUGGGCAUGAAGCGCAAUCAGGAGCGUGCAUUGACCUUUCGACGAUUCCGAGGAAUGAGUUGAGGGUUUGUAUUGCUGAAGACAACUUGAUAAACCAGCGGAUCGCCAUUUCAUUUGUACAAAAGCUUGGCUUCCGGUGCGAUGCUUAUUUAGACGGCCUAAAGACCAUUGACGCGCUUGAGCGUGCAAGUGAUAACGGCCGACCGUUCCAUCUUGUGCUGAUGGAUGUACAAAUGCCGCACUGCGAUGGCUAUGAAGCCACCAAGCGUAUCCGCAAGCACCCAAAUCCUGACAUCCGAAAUAUACUCAUCAUCGCCAUGACCGCAUCUGCCAUCCAGGGAGACCGCGAAAAGUGCCUCGAAUCGGGUAUGAACAACUACCUGGCCAAGCCUGUGCGAGCACAGACUCUGAAGGCUCUCCUUGAAUCAUACCUCAACAAGGACCAAGAGAAGGAAAUACCGAAUCUGGAGGCUGAGGCCCAGAAGCUUGUCAAACAAGCACUCAACGAGACUGGCAGUAGUGACAAGGACAGUGGGAUGAAGAAAUCACAAGAUGCGCUGCUAGACGGAGAGACUGGGGAGAAGAAGAUGAUGAGGAAUCGGCCUUCAAGCGUGCGCAGUGUCACGCAGCGCUGGCUUGGGCCUAGUGGUAAGGACGGAGCAGCGCCAAACUAG